AUGGGAACGAGGCUAGUGGGCAAGAAGGAGGUGGAGUGUCAAGAUGGCGCUAGCACGAACAUGUUCAAGAGUCAGUUGUAAACAUUCCACCUCGCUCCUUGGUUUGCUGUACAGGCGAUCGGUUUCAACAUGUAUUGAUAUUUCAGAUGGACUUAAUGAUGAUCAGAAGCACUUCCAGCAGGUUGCCCUGGAUUUUGCAAAGGAAGAAAUGGCACCAUACAUGAUUCAAUGGGACUUAGAGGAAACAUUUCCAGUGGAGACCUUGAAAAAAGCUGCUGAACUUGGAUUUGGAGGUAUCAAUGUCAGUGAAGAAUACGGAGGUAGUCACCUAGGUCGGCUUGAUGCCUCAGUAAUUUUCGAAGCACUCUCCACAGGCUGCACAAGCACUACGGCUUAUUUGAGUAUACACAAUAUGGUUGCAUCUUUGAUUGAUAAAGCUGGAACAAAGGCUCAGAAGGAGAAAUUCUUAACAUCAUUGACAUCUUGCGAGAAAUUUGCAUCGUACUGUUUAACAGAGCCAGGAAGUGGUAGUGAUGCAGCAUCUUUACUUACAACUGCCAAAAAGGAAGGUGAUCGCUACAUUCUUAACGGAAGCAAGAUGUUUAUAAGUGGUGGUGGUGAUACUGACGUGUAUGCUGUCAUGGCAAGAAGUGGAGGACCAGGACCAAAAGGAAUUUCCUGCUUUCUUGUCGAAAAAGAUUCACCUGGCCUGGCAUUUGGUGCUAAGGAAAAGAAGGUUGGUUGGAAUUCACAGCCAACACGUGCAGUAAUCUUAGAAGACUGUGAAGUGCCAGCUGAAAAUUUACUUGGGACAGAAGGAUAUGGAUUCAAUUACGCAAUGCAAGCAUUGAAUGGAGGCAGGAUCAGCAUCUCAUCUUGUUCCCUUGGGGCUGCUCAGACCGCAUUAGAGCAUGCUAGAGAUCACAUUUGUGUCAGAAAACAAUUUGGACAACCAUUGGCCAAUAAUCAAUAUUUGCAAUUCAAGCUUGCUGAAAUGGCAUCAGACCUCGUUGCUUCGCGCCUUCUUGUUCGACAUGCAGCAGCGGCAUUAGAUGAAAACAGGCCCAAUGCAGUUGCUCUCGCUGCUAUGGCAAAACUUCAAGCAACAGAUAAAUGUUUUGAGAUUUGCAACAGCGCUCUUCAAAUGCAUGGAGGCUAUGGUUAUUUGAAAUCCUACCCUGUUCAGCAGUUCAUGCGGGAUUGCAGGGUUCAUCAAAUUCUGGAAGGUACAAACGAAGUUAUGAGACUCAUUGUAUCACGAGACUUGUUAAAGGACCACCACAGUUAAUCCACUAGCCAUUUUCUAACAGAAUUUGAAAAGUAAUUUAAUUUCUCUAGGGUUUUACUAUUUAUAUAUAUUAGCUUGAAUUGCCAUUAUAUGUGUGAAUAAUUAAAAGCAAAUCUUUGUAGAUUUUAACUUGUGUGUUUAUCUAGUGAAUUUUAAGUUUUUUCGAGUUUACAUGUUUUAACAUUAUUCAAAACAAUCAAGACAAGGAGCAGAUUUAAUUAGAUCUAGGGGUCGUUACAACCCUGGCUUUUCUUUGAACGAACUAUAAACUUCUUGUUCAGUGAAUUACUUUGAUUCUCCUAAAUAACCAUUUUCAUAUAUAAUGCCAUCCGGCAGAUGAACCUUAGAUCUCCACUAGUUGCAAAAGCCUAAAACGAACAAAGUGAACCCUUUUCCUCCUUCAUGUUCCAACCCCAACCUUAGAGUGGUGCUAUUCAAGGUCCUAUUCAUCACCAUAAUAUUUCAUUACGCCCAAAAAUGUAGGAAGACAAAACUGGAGUAAAGGAAUUUAUCAGUUUGACAUUCAGCUAAGACGUUUCAAUUUUAUGUAUUUACACUGUCAACAUCACAGAAGUAAUGUCUUCCUUAGAUCCAAAACAGGAACAGUAAUGUCUACAUUCAAUACAACAGGAUAACUAGCAUUUAAAAUCCUUCCAGAAGUUGAAAACUUUCUGUAACCGACAAAAUUCAACACUAUUUUUCUUACCAUUUAAAGAAACAAUUGUCAGAGAAAUUUUUCUCAUCACGAGAUAAAGUAUCAAGGUAAACAAAUUAGCGGCAAAAAUGGCCGGCCCCACAAGUACAGAUUCGGUACAUCAAAUACAAAAUUUACCCUUAACAAUUUCGUCUUUUUUGACCAUUUCAGCAAGUAUUUGUUAAAGUUAAUUAUCCUUGCCUAAUAACAUUGUGUAUAGGUUUUGUGUUGGACUAUGCCUACCGCGAUUUAACACUCUACUUUAAAGACAUUUUUCAUUUGGAUAAUUUUAUUAUGCUCA